AUGGUCGCCAGUCCCAAAGCUAAGAAGGCAACGCCGGCUCCCGCCUCACCACCGGCGGCGGCGGCGGCGGCAGGGGGGCCGCCAGUCCCGAUCUCGGCCCCGCUCACUGCUGAAGCCGCAGGCAACUUGGGCAUUCUGCCAGCUUCGCAUUGGCAACAAGCACAAGGGGAAGAUACCGCCGACGAUACGGACGAUACCGCCUCCACCAUCGGCUCCGUUCUCUCCAGCACCGCUUCCCUCUCACAGAGCAUCUUUGAGUAUCGCAACAUUCUCGGAAGAACGUAUCACAGCGACGUUGGCAAUGCUGAAGCAUGGCAGCCCAAUGACGUGCGUCAUGCCGAAGCGAUGGACAUUUUCCAUCACUUGAACACCCUCAUCCUCCGGAAAGCUAAAAUCCAGAAGGCCGUCGACAUUGGAACUGGCACAGGCAUUUGGGCUAUCGACUUUGCCGACGAGUUCCCUGACGCCGAAGUGAUCGGCACUGACGUCUCGCCCAUUCAGCCUACCUGGGUUCCCGCCAAUGUCAAGUUCGAAAUCGAUGACUUGAACCGUGAAUGGACCUGGCCCGACAACACCUUCGAUUACAUCCAUUCACGCAGUUUGAUUGGCGUUGUACAGGAUUGGGAGGAGUUCUAUCGCCAGGCUUUCCGUUGCUGCACGCCGGGCGGUUAUGUUGAGGAUGUCGCCAACUCCGUCAAGGUUUUCAGCCUGGAUGGAACCGUGGAGGAGGGCAGUGCCCUUGACCAGUGGGGGAAGGUCUUUUUUGAGGGCGGAAACAAAUUCGGAAGAACCUUCAAGAUUGUCGAAGAUGACAUCCACCGAAAGUGCAUGGAGAAGGCUGGCUUCGUUGAUAUUGUCAUCAAGGACAUCCUGGUGCCUGUUGGCGCUUGGCCCAGAGACAAGACAAAGCAGGAAUUGGGAAUCUGGGCCAAGGUGGCGGUGGAAUCGGACCUUGAAGGAUACGUCAAUUAUAUCUGGGGCCUCGUGCUGGGCUGGACCCCAGAGGAAAUCAGCACUUAUUGUGCCGCGUUGAGGAGAGAGCUGAAGGACACCAGAAUCCACGGCAUGUACACGACUCGCGUUGCGUACGCACGCAAGCCAGAGUAGUUUCAACAAUGGCCUCAAUCUGCAGUCGGAGUAAGAGUUGACAUGGGCUUGAAUGUGGGCGUGCUUGAGUUCAGUUGUUGUUGUUAGAUAUCAGCAAUAUGUACCGGAUCGACGCAUGGUAAUGAGCUGGUGUAACAAACAGAUGGUCAGUUUAGGAGUCGAUGUUUUAUUUGCAAGCCGUUGUCU